AUGUCGGGUUUCCUGUCCCUGAUGGGGUGGACCUUCCUCCCCGAUCUCGCCACUCGAUUCCUCCAGAGCACAUACUAUGGCAUAACCGUCCGCGCCGGGUCCCCGCGCCCGCAGCCGGGCCAGCCGCGCUUCGCCGAGCACUACCGCCGCAUCUACAUCCUCGUCGUGUGCGCGUACCUCCUCUUCACCAUCUACGAGGCCGACUGGGAGCUGCAGCGGUCGGGCGGCGACUUCUACUCGGUGCUGGGCGUGGCCCCCGACGCCGCCGUCCGCGACAUCAAGAAGCGCUACCGCCAGCUGUCGGCCCUCAUGCACCCGGACAAGCUCAACAACAGGGGCCCCGGCGGCGCCGCCGCCUACGACGCCGACAUGUACGUGCGGGUGCAGACGGCGCACGAGACGCUCAGCGACGAGGUCCGCCGGUUCGCGUACGACCGCCUCGGCCCGGACGUGCUGCGGUGGCGCGAGUGCAGCGUCCCGCGCGACUUUGUCAUGCGCGGCGCCCAGGACGCCCUGGGCUACUACGGCGUCGGCGCCCUGGCCAUCUACGCCCUGCCCAAGCUGGGCUACUUCCAGCAGGGCGUGUACUGGCGCUGGGUCGCCUUCGCCGCGCUGCUCGUCUUCGAGCUGCACACCAUCACGCGCCCCGCGCACCCGUGGUUCCUGACGGCGCUGCUGAACCCGGCCAUCACCCGCGGCCUCAACCCCGUCCUGUCCUUCUGGGCCCCGGGCCUCGUCCACCCGGCCUACCUCCCCUUCCAGGCCGUCGCCCUCGCCCGCAAGCUCAGCAUCACCCUCACCAUCGCCCUCAACCAGGUCGUCCCGUACCUGACGGCCGACACGAAGGGGGGCAGGGUCCAGCUGCAGCGCCGCGGCACCGAGGAGGCCCGCGCCAGGCAGAGCCUCGACGAGCUGGACAAGAUGGUCCACAGCGUCGACGAGAACGCCACCCGCGCCGUCAAGAUGGAGCUCGCGCCCUUUGCUGGCGACCCGCGCCUGCUCGACAGCCUGCGCGACAAGAUGCGCCGCUGGCUCGUCGACAAUACCGUGCGCAACGAGCCCAUGACCCGGGACGCCCUGCAGAGAACCAUAGCGCGGAGGAGGCAGGACGCGCCUGCUGGUGCGCAGGGCUCCGGUGCGAGGGCAAGGCGCCCGUUGCAGGCGACAGUGGAAGAUGAAAUAUAG